AUGCCUCUUAGAUCCACCCGCCACACCACCACCACCACCGCCCCCCGCCGCGGCCUCUUCUCCCGCCGUCGCGCUCCGGCCACCACCACUCGUCGCCACCACCAUACCACCACCACCAGAACCACCCGCCCCAAGCGCGGUGGUCUCUUCUCCCGCCGCCACGGCGCUGUGACCACGGCCCCCGUCGUCCACCACCAGCGCCGCAAGCCCUCCAUGGGCGACAAGAUCUCGGGCGCCAUGCUCAAGCUCAAGGGCACCUUGACCCGCCGCCCCGGCCAGAAGGCCGCCGGAACUCGCCGCAUGCACGGCACCGACGGCCGUGGCUCCCACCGCCGCUAUCGCUACUAG